CCGGGGUCGGGGGUUGGGCUUUUUUUGUCAUCCGGCCACUAUAUAAGCGUCGGUGCGGACGAUAAUUGAUAUCAGUUCUCGCAUUAGCUUUUAUCAAGGCACACGCAGCCCAGCACCGCUCCAGCACUCGUCGUCAACAUGUACAAGCUGUUCGUCAUCGCCGCCCUGGUUGCCGUGGCAGCCGCCCAAAACCCACAGGACGCUCAGGCCCAGGUGCUGGUAUCCGAUUCGGUCGUAAACCCGGACGGUUCGUACAACUAUCGGUACGAGACGAGCAACGGUAUUGCCGCGCAGGAAAGUGGAGUCGGAGGCCAGUCGGCUCAGGGCAGCUACUCGUACACCGGUGACGAUGGUGCCCAGUACCAGGUGACGUACGUUGCCGACGAGAAUGGAUUCCAGCCGCAGGGAGCUCAUCUGCCCGUCGAUGGACCCGCUCCCGAUCACGUCCUGAAGACGCUGGAGCAGAUCCGUGCCAACCCGCCACGUGAUGACCCGAACUUCAGCAUGGACGCCCUGAACGCUGCCAUCGCUCGGCUGAGCGGCAAGAAGUAAGCUGGCAAUGGAGCUUCGUAAGCCGUGCGGAGCAGCUCAUCCAGUCAGUCAGCGCGAACGGUUGGCGUUCAUCGUUCGCCGCACUUUACACACCGCACCUGACACAUACUCUCCACCAAGUGCAUCCGGGAUCCGGGUCCGGUUGACGUUAGGAGGUCAACUGGCCGCGGGUGCAAAUGCCAACAAUCUACAAAGAUCUACUUCACGGGGCAACACUGUCACUGCCAUCUUAGACAAUCUCUUCCAGGCUCUAUCUCUUCGUAUCCUUUCUGCUUUCCUACCGGUACAACAAUCUACUUCUUCCCGAGUCUAGCUUUCCAAAUUGCUUUCCAAUGUUCUAUCGUAUGUAAAUAGCCCGUUGAUAGUUUGUAAAUAAAACAACCAACAAAAACUUUAAA